GUGGAAGCGAAAGUUCUCAUAACCGUUAGCAAGCAAGUGCACGCUUAUCUAAAAUUGAAUAUUCAUGAUGGAUAUAAUUGGUUGGCCGAUGAAUAGGUGGUCUUGCAAAAUAAUUUAGCACAACAGUGAGCUCGAGUCAGUUUUACAUGUAUAACUAGCACCCUAAGCGUAUCGACGUACUACUAAAAUGGCCAGAUAUAGAGACCCUCACCUCCCUCUGUCAUCCCUGAACCUCCUGAUUCCUCCUCUGAGGCUGAUGUCAGCCUGUUUGUGGCAGGUGGCCCUGGAGCGAAAUGUAGACAAGUAUGACAAACUGGCUGAAUUUGUUUCAUUGGUGACGGAGAUUGUGCCAGAUCUUCUGAGCUACAAGCAAAGGACUCAGCUCAUCUUGGGACUGCGAGCACGGAUCAUUGUGGAAUUAGUAACAAAAGUGGAUCCCAUUGACUGCAGUGCUGUCCAGGAACAUCUCAUCAUUUUCCAAAAGAGUGAAACAAGCUGCAAUCAAGAGGAGGAUCAAGAUCAAGAGGUAAAGAUGUCAAAAUCUGCAUUUGUGAGGAAGAUUCAAACGUUACUCAAGGACAAGUCUGAAAAGGAUAAAUUUAUCAAAGAGUUGUUUCCAGAACUAUAUGGAGCCCGCUUUGAUACAGUGUUACAGAUCCUGCUGUGGGAGUUCUUCUACCGACUGGAGGAGUUUCUCCCCGUGCCAAGUUUCUCAAAGGUGUCCUCCUUUAUCGACCUGUCCUCUUUUGACUACGGAUAUGAGCAGUUUCUCUGUGAUCAAAACGAUAUCAAGACAAUUCUGCAGCAUCAAAAGCAGAGAAGAAAGCUGCCUAAAAGUGAAUUCUCCUUCUUGUCGGACAUUAUCCUGUCCACAUUAGCAUCCGAGCAGACAUCAGUGGAUUCAGGAGAUCCCACUGAAGGUGUAGGUGAUGGUGAAGAUGGAGACGACACAGAUGAAGAGACAGAUGACAGUUCAGACUCGCAUUGGCAGGACAGAGGGCUGUCACCACUGACAAACUCUCCAUGCUCUGAAAGGGGUGGGCCAGCAGGAGAUAAUGAUGAUGGCAACAACUUAGUCCCUCAAGGCACCCUAAGUUCCCCACCAGUUGUGCAUGAAACACAAGUGACACUCCAGGAGCAAAACUCAUCAAAUCCUGCAGUGAGCAGCACAGGAGUCCUGGAAAAUGACAGUGGAGGGUUCAAGCUGAACUUAGCCUCCUCUUUAAAGGAUAUUGAAGACCGCACCUGUCCUGUGUGUUACAAGACUUUCAGCCGAGCAAACGCGGCAAGACGUCAUAUAAAAGAUGCACAUCCAACUCAGGUGUUCCGCUGCAACAAAUGUGACAAAACUUUCCAAACAAACUGUCGCCUUGUCACACAUCUUCAAGCUCACUCCAAUGAAAGGCCGUAUGUUUGUUCCUACUGUGGCAAAAGACUCUCAUGUCCUAAAGUGCUGAAAACUCAUAUACGAGUUCACACUGGGGAGCGCCCGUAUGCAUGCAAGUUUUGCAAUAAGAAAUUUGACCAGAAGUACACGCUGACAUCACACAUCAGAUUGCACAGAGGGGAGAAGCCGUUCUUGUGCAGCUAUUGUGGUAAAACAUUUUCAUCCAAGGGUGGUUUGAUGGUGCAUACACGGCUCCACACUGGAGAAAGACCAUAUCGCUGCAAGGAAUGUGGACAAGGUUACAGAACACUGCAAACACUCAAAGCCCAUCAAACUCUUCACACUGGGGAGCGUCCAUACUCCUGCCAUCUGUGUGGAAAGCGUUUCCGCCUCAGUUCAGGACUGACAAAACACAUGAUCAUUCACAGUGGGGAGAAGCCUUAUCAGUGUGUUAUCUGUGAAAAGAGAUUUAACCUAGCAAGCAACCUGAAGAUACAUAUGAGAAGUCACCAAACAACAAAAAAAGCCAAGGCACCAACAGAGUGAUCUCAUCAGUGUGGGCCCUCAAGAUGACAACAGAAACAGCUGGUGAAGUCGCUUCAAACCGCACAGAUGUUCGGAAAGCUCAGUGGGAUGAGUGAAGAACAUCUGGAUCAGAAGAAUAACAAGGGGACACUGAGAAAGGAUGUGAUUGGUUGUUUACAGC